AUGUACGAGUAUACCCACAGUGUUUGGGGUACCCAGGUCCCAAAGGGGUUCAACUAUUCCAGGGUAUCUAAAUUCGUGUUACUUGGACUUACUGAUUCUCCUGAACUCCAGAUACUCUUCUUUGUGGUGUUUUCCAUCUUCUAUCUAAUGACUAUGUUGGGCAACUGCCUUAUUUUGCUCACUGUCCUAUCCAGCUCACACCUCCACUCUCCCAUGUACUUCCUGCUCAGCAACCUCUCAUUGACUGUCCUGUCCUCCUUUGCCACACCAAAGAUGAUUAUGAACUUUUUUGCUCAGUGUAAGACCAUCUCUUUUGAUGGCUGCAUUUCUCAGAUCUUUUUUUUGCACCUCUUCACUGGAACUGAGAUUGUGCUGCUGAUCUCCGUAUCUUUUGACAGGUAUAUUGCCAUAUGUAAACCUCUCCAUUAUUCAACAAUUAUGAGCCAAAGAAUGUGUGUUGAGCUUGUGGUACUUUCUUGGACAGUGGGCUUUCUGCAUACAAUGAGCCAAUUAGCUUUUCUACUCUGCUUGCCCUUUUGUGGUCCCAAUGUUAUAGACAGUUUUUUCUGUGAUCUUCCUUUGGUUGUCCAACUGGCUUGCAUAGAUAUUUAUGUUCUUGGAAUCUUCAUGAUCUCAACCAGUGGUGUGAUUGCUCUUUUAAGUUUUCUGCUUUUGCUCGCCUCCUAUAUCAUUGUUCUUAUUACUGUCAGGGACUCCUCCUCCACAGGAUCCUCCAAGGCUCUUUCUACCUGUACAGCACAUUUUAUUGUUGUGUUAAUGUUCUUUGGACCCUGUAUUUUCAUUUAUGUGUGGCCUUUCACAAACUUCCUGGUGGACAAAAUUCUCUCAGUUUUCUAUACGAUCUUCACUCCUUUUCUGAAUCCACUUAUCUAUACUUUGAGAAACCAGGAAGUGAAGACAGCAGUGAAGAAGAAACUAAAUACCCAAUAUUUCAGUCUUGGGAAAACUGCUCCAUGA